CCUCGGCGAAGAGCCGCCCCUCCCACCCGCGCCAUCGGUGCUUCGGCGCUCGCCCAGCUGCCGCCCGCCCGCGCAAGGAGGCCCCCCUCUCCCCUCAGGGCAAUGUUUUGCACAAGCAACAAGAGCAAAAGCUACUUUCUUGCUAUUAGCCUACUUCUCUAGUGAUGAAUGGCAUGCCAUUGUUCCACUGCUGCUGAGACCUGGAGUGUGUCAGUAUCUUUGGAGUCCUUGGACCACUAUGGCAACGAGCUACACACCUCCAUUUGAUGACCCUGGGGAGGUGAGAGAGGGUUUUCUAUGCCCCCUUUGUCUGAAGGAUCUGCAAUCGUUUUAUCAGCUUCAGUCUCAUUAUGAAGAAGAACAUUCAAGUGAAGACAAAGAUGUUAAAGGACAACUUAAAAAUCUGGUCCAAAAAGCUAGAAAAGCAAAGAAUAAAUUGUUGAAACGAGAAGAUGACCGAACUGAUGGAGGGCCUCAGGAACGAUAUGAGUCUUAUUGCUAUGGUGGAGUGGAUCCAUAUAUGUGGGAGCCACAAGAAUUAGGUGCUACGAAGAGCCAUCUUUCUGAUUUUAAGAGACACAGAGCAGCCAGAAUUGAUCACUAUGUUGUGGAAGUCAAUAAAUUAAUAAUCAGGUUAGAAAAGCUUACAUCCUUUGACCGAACCAAUACAGAUUCUGCAAAGAUAAGAGCAAUAGAGAAGUCUGUUGUGCCUUGGGUUAAUGAUCAUGAUGUGCCAUUUUGUCCAGACUGUGGUAACAAGUUCAGCAUAAGGAACAGACGUCACCACUGCCGCCUUUGUGGGUCUAUCAUGUGCAAGAAAUGCAUGGAACUGGUCAGCCUCCCAUUUGCAAGCAAACUCACCACUGCUAGCAAGGAAGCCUUGGCCUCUCAUACUAGCCCAAACUGCUCACCCAACAGCAUUCAGGGCUCUCGCCGUGGCAGCAUCAGUAGUGUGAGCAGUGUGAGCUCUGUCUUGGAUGAAAAGGAUGAUGAUCGCAUCCGCUGUUGUAGACAUUGUAAAGACACUCUGCUUAAAAGAGAGCAACAGAUUGAUGAGAAAGAGUACACACCAGACAUCGUGAAACUUUAUGAGAAACUCCGACUUUGCAUGGAAAAGGUUGACCAGAAGGCCCCAGAAUACAUAAAGAUGGCGGAAUCAUUAAAUAUUGGGGAGACAACUUACAGUCUGGAACAUGCUAACAGUCUUAGGAUGGAGGUGCAAAAAAUGUAUGAAUUAAUAGAUGCUCUAAGCAAGAAGAUUCUGACUCUGGGACUGAAUGAAGAACCACAACCUCAUCCCCGAACAUUGCAGCUUCAGAGAAUGAUCAGAUAUUCAGCCACACUUUUUGUUCAGGAAAAAUUGCUUGGUCUGAUGUCGUUACCAACCCAGGAGCAAUAUGAAGAAUUGAAAGAGAAAAGGAAACAAGAACUGGACAGAAAACUGCAGAUGGAGAGACAGGCAACACUUGAAACGCAGAGACGAUUGGAGGAGAAGCACAUGGACUAUGCUUCCAGAUCUUUGGUAGCAUCUAACGGUGAGGUGUCCCGGCCAAAACGGGUUGCAGUAAAGAAAGCUGAAGGUUGGCUGCCCACUGCGAACUUAUCUCGCCAGCAGGAACUCACAGACCCACUUCUGCAGCAGAUUGACAAUAUAACUUCCUUUAUUAAACAAGCCAAAGAAGCAAAUCGUCUCGAUGAGGUCCAGAUGUUGCAGGAAAACCUGCGACAACUUCAGGAUGAAUAUGAUCAACAACAAACUGACAGAGCCAUUGAGCUUUCUAGAAGGCAAGCCGAGAUGGAGGAGAUGGAGAGAGAACAAUUGCAGAUCCUUUGUGAAAAGGAAUGGGAGAGGGAACAUAAAAAACGAAUGUCUCAGCACUCACGGACACGUUCCCUGGAUUUCAGAGAAGUGAAGCACAGUAAGUUAGAGAUUGGGAAGGAGAGCAUAAACCAAAUAGCACAGGCUUUGGACCUUGAUACUACUCAGAAUACAAGUAACCCAGCCUCUAAAGCAUCUUCACCAUGUGGUGGUGACAAGCUCCAAGCGCAAGAAAGCCCAGUCUUCCCCAGGCAAUUUCUAGAGAUCCAAGAGCAUGACAGCGUAAUAGAGCAAAAUAAAAAUGUUCUCAUAAACCCUUUUGAAGAUGAGCCAGUAAUUAGCACUCUAAAGAGGGAACCCAAUAAUCCCUUUGCUGAAGAUUCCUCCACAGUGGCUUCCUUGCCCACCCAAACCUUGCACAGUGAUAAAAAAGAAUAUAACCCAUUUGAAGAUGAGGAGGAUUGUCAUCAAGCAAAUGGAGUAGCUGUCAGUGCUCCGAAUCCCUUUAAAGAUGCUGUUGGAAAUCCAUUUCGUGUGCUCACAGGUCGUCAGGAAUCUGGAAAUCCAUUUGAGGAAAUGUCUUCCUCCACGAAUCCUUUUGAAGAGGAGGAUGAUAAUGAAGUGUCAAGGGAAGACAUCAUAGAAGAGGAGCUACUGCUCCAACAGAUAGAUAAUAUAAAAGCUUAUAUUUUUGAUGCCAAACAUAGCGGGCGGAUGGAUGAGGUUGAGGUGCUGACUGAGAAUUUGAAAGAACUGAAGCGCACACUAGCAAAACAGAAGGAGAAAUCCAGCUAGUUGCUGUUUCUGUGCACAUACAACUUUACAGUUCUCUGAUUGUCCCAGAGGCAAAGGCGGGCAGGUGGAAUUAAAAUGCAAGAGGGAAUUUUGGGAUUGACUCUAAUUGUCUGCACUUUGGCGUGGGUAUUUCUGCUAUUAUUCAGACUUUGCUAAUACUGUCCACACUAUUAUGAUUUUGUAAUAACCUAAAACUGUGUCACAGACCAUUUACAAAUCUAAAACCUAUCACAGCCAGUUUUUAUCACAACCUGACCUCUUAACAUGAUCAUGCUUCUUGGCAUUCUUUUUAUUUCAGAUAUAAACUCUGUAGGCUAAUACGGAAACAGAUGCUUUAAGGUGCAGGAAACUACAAUCCUUCCCUCUGUGUU